AUGAAGCGCUCGCUGCUGAGGCUCUGCCGCUCGCGGGAGAAGGCUGCCGCGUCCAGCUCCUACCAGGGGGUCGUGUGCGAAGCGGAUGCCGCCUCCGUCGCCUCGCAGGACGUCUUCAAGGUGAUUUCAGAUGGAAGUGCAUGUAGGCUGCGGAGCUUCAUUAAGAAGAAUCGUUCUGGACUUACCAAAGUGGAUGAACUAAACGCCACUCCGCUGCAUCAUGCUGCAGAAGGAGGUCAAAUAGAAUUAAUGCAGAUGAUCAUAGAUGAUUCUUCCUGUGAAGUAUUAAAUGUGAUGGAUUCUUCUGGAAACACACCACUGCACUGGGCCACAAAGAAAAAUCAGGUUGGAAGUGUUAGUUUACUUCUCAGUAGAGGAGCCAAUCCAAAUAUUCUCAACUCCAAUAUGAUGGCACCUUUGCAUAUGGCUGUUCAGUCUCUACAUAAUGAAAUUGUUAAAAUUUUAGUCCAGCAUAGCAGUACAGAUGUUAAUUUGGAAGGUGAAGCAGGGAACACACCUAUAAUUGUAGCAUGUUACAAGGAUAAUCCUGAAGCACUGACACUCCUGAUUGAAAAUGGAGGGAAAAUAUGUAAACCAAACAAAACAGGAUGUAUGCCUAUCCAUGCAGCUGCAUUUUCAGGUGCAAAAACAUGUAUGGAAAUUCUCUUAAAAAAAGGUGAAGAAUUAGGUCACUCUGCUAAAACUCACAUCAAUUUUACCAAUAAUGGGAAGUGCAGUCCCCUCCAUUUGGCAGUUCAAAGUGGAGACUUGGAAAUGAUUAAAAUGUGCAUUGAAUUUGGAGCCCAAAUUGAUCUAAAACAGAAUGAAAAAUGCACAGCGCUACAUUUUGCUGCCACUCAAGGAGCAACUGAGAUCGUAAAGUUAAUGAUGUCAUCCUAUGCUGGUGAGGAAUCUAUUAUUGAUGCUGUAGAUGGGAAUAAGGAAACAUUGCUUCACAGGACAGCAUUGUUUGAUCAUUAUGAACUGGCAGAGUAUUUGAUUUCAAUGGGAGCAAAUAUUGACAGUGUUGACAUAGAAGGUCGAUCCCCACUUCUGCUGGCCACAUCUUGUGCAUCAUGGAAAAUUGUGAAUUUACUACUUUCAAAAGGAGCAAAUGUAUCAUUAAAAGAUCAUCUUGGUCGGAAUUUCUUGCAUUUGACGGUAUUGCAGCCUGGAGGAUUGCAACAUCUGAAUGAGAAAUUUCUGCAGAUGGAACAUAUUAAAAAUCUUGUAGUUGAUGAAGAUAAUGAAGGAUGCACUCCAUUGCAUUAUGCAUGCAGACAAGGUGUGGCCCUCUCUGUAAAUAACUUACUCAGCCUGAACGUUUCCAUAUACUCUAAGAGUAGAGACAAGAAAUCACCAUUACACUUUGCUGCCAGCUAUGGGCGAAUCAAUACAUGUCAGCGACUUAUAAGAGAUAUGAAAGACACAAGACUUUUGAAUGAAGGUGAUAAGAAGGGAAUGACUCCCCUUCACCUGGCAGCACAGAAUGGCCAUGAGAAGGUAGUUCAGUUUCUCCUGAAGAGAGGAGCCCUUUUCCUCUGUGAUUAUAAGGGCUGGACAGCUCUGCACCAUGCUGCUUUUGGAGGAUACACUCGAACAAUGCAGAUAAUAUUGGAUACUAAUGUGAAAUGUACUGACAGAGUGGAUGAAGAAGGGAACACAGCAUUGCACCUAGCUGCAAGAGAAGGACAUGCGAAAGCAGUAAGGCUACUUCUUGACUAUGGUGCAAAAAUUCUGUUGAACAAAGCAGUAGCUUCUUUCUUCCAUGAAGCAAUACACAAUAGGAGGAAAGAUGUAGUAUCUGCUGUCAUUCUGCACAAAAGAUGGGAAGAAGCUGUUUUGACCUUCUCUCACUAUUCUAGUGCUAAUAAGUGUCCUUUGUUGGAAAUGGUUGAGUAUCUUCCUGAAUCACUUAAACUCGUUUUGGAUAACUGCAUAAUUGAGUCUUCAGAAGAAAAGACGAGUCGAGACUUCUAUAUUGAAUAUAACUUCAGAUAUCUCCAGUGUCCUCUGAUGCUUAACAAAAAACUAAAGGAUGAUGAAGACAUUUUCUAUGAGCCACUUACUACUUUAAAUGCCAUGGUACGGCACAAUCGCAUGGAGCUACUCAGUCAUCCUGUAUGUAAAGAGUAUUUGCUUAUGAAAUGGAUGGCGUAUGGGUUUCGAGCACAUCUAAUGAAUUUAGGCAUAUAUUCCCUUGGUCUCAUCCCACUGACUCUUCUAGUCACCCACAUACAGCCAGGAAGACCCUUGAAUGGAACAGAGGUCUAUGAAGCAAGACCAUUAGAAUAUGAGGAUUCAUAUUUCACAAGGGUGUGUAUGUGUUUAGUUUUAAUUAUGAGUUUACUGGGAAUCUGCAAAGAAAUAUUUCAGCUCAUUCAGCAGAAAUUGAAAUAUUUAUUGGAUUACUCCAAUCUGCUGGACUGGACAAUUUAUACUACAAGCAUAAUUUUUGUGUCUUCUUUAUUUAUUAAUACACCAGCUCAUUUGCAAUGGGAAUGUGGAGCAAUUGCUGUAUACUUGUCUUGGAUGAACUUCUUGCUUUAUCUUCAACGAUUUGAAAAUUACGGCAUCUAUGUUGUGAUGUUCUGGGAAAUUCUAAGGACCUUGAUUCGGAUUGCUGUUGUUUUCUUUUUCCUGAUACUGGCCUUUGGACUUAGCUUCUUUGUCCUUUUGGGUUCACAGCAAACAUACAGCACGCCUCUGCUUUCUGUAAUGAAGACAUUUGCAAUGAUGCUGGGAGACAUUAAUUACCAUGAUGCAUUCCUUGAUCCAUUACUAAGCAGUGAAUUGCCAUAUCCAUUUCUGAGUUACACAGUUCUCAUUAUCUUUACCUUACUUAUUCCAAUCCUUCUUAUGAACUUGCUAAUUGGUUUGGCUGUUGGGGACAUAGCUGAAGUGCAAAAGUAUGCGGCACUCAAAAGGAUUGCAAUGCAGGUCAAUCUUCACACAAACUUAGAGAAGAAGCUACCGUUUUGGUUCUUAAGUCGAGUGGACCAGGAAUCAAUCACUGUAUAUCCAAACAGGCCAAGAUACUGUGGAUUUAUGAGUGUGUUCCAGUAUUGCUUUGGCUGUGAAGACUCUACCACAGAUGCACAGAGUACGGAUACAAGUUUAGAAUUGGAAGUUCUGAAGCAGAAAUACAGGCUCAAAGAUAUUUCAACACUUUUGGAAAAGCAGCACGACCUCAUUAAACUGAUCAUACAAAAAAUGGAGAUAGUGUCAGAGGCUGAGGAUGAAGACAGCAAUGAUUUAUUUCAGCACAAGUUUAGGAAAAGGCAGUUAGAACACAAGAACAGUAAAUGGGAUACAGUAUUAAAAGCUGUUAAAACAAAUGUGCCUAACCCAAGCACAGAAAAGAACAAUAGCUUCUUCUAGACCGGGGUAUAACAUCAU